AUGUGGUCUGCUGCUGUCGAUGAAAGACUGAGGUACUCCUUCUCCGGGACCACGGCGUGUUACCUCGGAACGACAGCACUCGGCCAACGAUUCGCGCUGGCCAUCACAUACAAAGGCAAAUCCUACGAGAUAAAACUGGUGACCGCAACAUCCCGCUUCAGUACAUACGAGUUCUCGGAAUCAGUCACGGUGAUCAGAGACAUCAGAGAUGAAUGUGAAGCCGAAAAAUGGGUGAAAAGUGUGAGUCGACGACUUGAAACAUGUCCACUUGAUAGCCUUGCCAGACAACCAAAGGGAUGGGAAAUUCGAAUAAGUCGCGAGGCUUUACGACUUGAAAGGGUUCCAAAUGACAAGUACGGCAAUUUGGACAAAGUUUUGUUACCAGGUGAUGAACUUUUUGUGGCCUGCAGUCAAUUUGGCGUGCGAUUUUACCACUCUGGAGUGUACGCGGGAAAUGGACUCAUAUUUCACUUUUUGAGUCAAGCAGACGAACGUGCAUUUUCAAACUUCGAUUAUUUGCCCGGUGAAGUGCUCGUGAGCCCGCUAGAAGAAUACUUAUAUUGCUUGGCAGAAGAUACAAAGAAUGGACCUCCCGAGCUCUACAGGAUUGUACAUCCAAUCACAGUUCGAAGUUCUCAGUCGAUAAUGCAGGAAUGCGAAAAGUUGAUGAACAAUGAGAAAUUCACAAGCUACAACAUCACAAGUCGGAAUUGUCAACACUUUUCGUCACUUUGUACAUAUGGCUUGGCGUAUUCGUACGAUAUGAGCUCUUCACUCAAGAAAUCCGCGUGCAGCUUGAUGAAAAGAUUCGGGGGAAUUUUUUUCGGAUCGUAUCAACGGCUGAGC